AUGUGGGGUCGAGCUAGAGUGGCUCUCGUAUCGGUACGCCGUAAGUCUUUGAGAUGCUACUCGUCAGGACCAAUCGACUCCGUUGCAUCGUACAGAGAGCUGGCGGACCUGCAUAGGAAAUUGGAGGCGCAAUUUGCCAGCAUCAAUCUCUCCGAUCUCCUCCACUGCCAUCGGUACCAGCCCCAUCUAAACCCCAUCAAAUUCAAUAUUAGCACCCGGAGAAUAGACGUCGGCUCGUUGGUCGAGUACAGAGUCUGCCGGAGAGCCUACGGGCCUCUCAACAAGCACGAAUCCUCGCGCAUGGUCGACAGCUACAGUCUUGGUGUGGUGCUCUCUUCACCAAAGCCAAGAUUUCUCACCCCUAACCCUCUGGAGGUCCUUUCAGCUCACGGGACAGUGGUUCAUGUUGACCCCGAGGACGUCAAGUUUCGCAUACACCGCUUCAUAAAACCAAAGGCCAUAGACACUGACCGCAGCGUCUUGCAGUACAUUCUGCUGUCCACGGCACGCUACGCGACGUCUAUCGUCUCGAAACUCGGCGAUCAUUCGCUGCUGGACACAAUUUACUUGCAAACAACAAACCUAUACCACCAGAAAGCCCUCAAUCUGCAUCAUCUGGCGGCAAUUGCUGUGCGUGAAAUCCCGCAGCUGGUGCAGACCAACGUCCUGGACAUUCCUGCUCUUUUUCUUGCCAGUCACGUUCUGAUGGUCAACGACCCAGUGAGGUUCCGGUUUGCUCCACCCAAGACGACCCCGGAAGAUUAUCUGGAGCCUCUGUCGGUGGCGACGAUGUCAUAUUUUGCAAACCCGCACCACCUCGCGCAGUCGCUACGCAAAAUAUUAUCUCUGCCCGCCGAAAUAUUGAACGCAAACUACGGGCACCUGUUUAGCGGCGACUACGCCUUUGAGUUGUUUCAGACCCUCCGCGAGGGAACUCAGGUGUUGGAAGACCUUGUGAGCGCCAUCAAGUACGCUAUUGAGUAUCCGCAUCCGCUUCUUCUGCGACAUUUGAGGAAAGUUCUGGGCCGCAGCACGAAACCCAGAGAGCUCUAUGAUAUGCUGGUACAGUCCGAGCUGUGUCCGCCAGGAUGGAAUCCAGUGCUCUCCUCAGGCAUUUAUGGUCUUCCCAACAGUGCAGGCAUUUUUUCGGAAGACCAGCUGAAGCUGCCCGCGAAAAUCAAAUCCGAUCGUAGAGUGAACAAUCCGGAGAGAACGAACAGCCAAACCAAAUAUAGGCUGGCCGACAGGCUUCUGUUUUCAUCGGAAGACGACUCUAUCAGCAGCACCACGUUCAGCUUCUACCUACCUGUGGCGACACAGGACAUCAACGACCAAAUGAGCGAGUUUCCAGUAGCGUUUUCGCAUAAUAUCAAUUAUGCCCCGUUCUUCCCCAAGUUCAAAAGAUCCGUCCGAAACCAAAAGGCCCUGCGAGUGUCUUUCAAGUACGACAUGUACAAGAUCGAAACUGUUGAUAAGCCCGAAAUCGAGAUUAGCUACGAAAACAUCGACGGCUACACGGACAUGGUUGCAAAUUAUCCAUCUACUGCCUUCAGUCUGUUCAGCAAGAUGGACUUGGAAAUGAAGGACGCAAUUCAGCGGCUCUAUUUUCUGCUCAAGCACAAGGAAAAAUUGCGGCUGGAGAACGGCUAUCUGAAGACCGAAAAGCAGGCACAGGAGUCCAGUGAGUGGUACGUGAGAAACUGCAUAUUUUUCUGCGACGAGCUGCUUUCUGAGUACUGUCUGAAAAACAAAAUUCCAGUCAUCGGUCGCGUGAGCCCCAAGCUGGCGACCAAGUCCGAGGACCGUCGCUCGUACACAGGCUUCUUCAACCUCUUCAGCCGCGAUGCAAACUCGUACCAGUCGUUUGCGGACAUCGGCAGGGCAUACAAUAAGGGAGUCGUUUCUGCGACAGACCUGGUGUGUGCUUUGCGGUACCUGGACGGCUUCCGGGUGCAAGUUCUGAGCCCGCAGAACUCCGCAUACGCCGUGCUGGGUGCUCGGGCGCACGCGUCUUUUUUUUCGCCGGGAUUCUUGGAGUCGUACAUCAACAACGCCCAGUUGAUGAACCAUCUUCAGGGACGGAGGCUGUGGAACAUGGAGAAGCUUCUGUUCCAAUUUCUGGGAAAUUUCGAGUCGCAGCUGCAAAUGCACAGACGACUGCAUAGAUACCGCGUCCUCAGCGAGCUGGAAAACCAGCUGGAGGACGAGUUUAGCAUGUUCCGGUGCAUCAUCAGAGAGCCACAGGUCUCCAGCCUUGUUCAGGGUUACUGUCAUGAUCUGGAGGUGAAUGUGGAGAUCCAGGUGGACGCGGACCAAAGACUCAUGGUGGGCGACAGAAUUUUGUGUUCGCAGAUCCUAGAGCUGGACCCUUACAGCGAUACAAUUGUCAUGAGAUAG